AUGGUUACCUUCGUGGCGCUGCGGAGGCUUCUGGAUUCAUCGAAGCUCCGCUUUGCCGCUGCUGCAUUGUUCCUAGUGGCGUUCUUGGUUGUUCCUUAUACUAGAGAACAAACUCUAGCUAUAAUACCGUUGAGAGAAGAGCCAAGCCCUACAGCAAAGCCCGUUGAUCCGUUCCCGAGCGAUUAUGUCGGGGAGUAUGAUCAUGGACUCCAAAUGAUUAACGAUCCCUACCCGGAUUAUGAGACUGCACAAUGGAAGUCCAUCUCGGCGGCCCCCUACGAGGCGUGUAGGGGUCCCCACGGGGGGCUUCUUAGUCGAAAAGACGAAGAUUUGAUGAUGAGCGGAUACCCCCGGAACACCUCAAACUUCCCAACUCCCAUCUUUGGCUCAUACGAGGCCUGGGGCUUGAACCAGAGCUUGUGCGCCGAUCGGUAUUCCCGAUACGGUGCAUAUGGCUUUCUACAAGGGAAUGAUUCGACUAGAAUACAGAAUUGGAAUGGCACUUUUGGAUCUGAUCAGGCUGCCGAAAUAGACUGGGAAGCGGUCAACUGGUCGAAUCUGCAGGAUGAUUGUCUGCAACGCAACCGUAAAAGAUACCGAAUGACAGAAAGCUCUGGUGGGAGACUUGUUGCCCUUUACAAGCCACUGGAUUCAGAUUCACAAAAUUCUCCCAUGCCGGUCAAUGGGACCGGGGGCAUCGCGCAAUCUCGGACGGCUGUUGUUUUGCGCUCGUGGAUUGGAAUGAAGUAUACCAAAAAUGACUUGUAUCACAUUCGCUCGAUGAUCAUGGAGCUUUCUCUGUUCUCUGGUGGAGAGUAUGAAGUGAUCCUGCUGAUUGAUUGCCAGGAUGAGGAACUGCCCGCGGAAAACGCGUCUGCGGCCUGGGAAGUAUUCAGACAGAAGCAUCUGCCUCAAGAGCUACGGGGAUUGGCGAUGUUCUUCAACACCAAGAUGUUGGGUGACUGGUACCCAGACAUUGACAUUCACGUAGCAAUAUUGCAAUAUUUCCAGCCCACGCAAAUUUUCUCACAACUGCAUCCCCAGUACGACUAUGUAUGGCAGUUCGAAAUGGAUUCGAGAUACACCGGCCACAUGUACGACCUACUGCACCGGGCCACUGACUUUGCGAAGGGACAACCACGCAAGUAUCUAUGGGAGCGCAAUUCUCACUUUUAUAUCCCCACCGUCCAUGGCCGCUGGGAAGAAUUCAUCCAAAAAGUGGAUCGGGAGAUGUCUGGCCACGAUAGCGUCUGGGGUCCUGUUCCAGUAGAAGGGCUCAAUGUUGAAGUAAAUGCUUCCAUGCCCCCUGUUGCGCACCCAGAUGACGAGCCUGGCACUUGGGGCGUGGGCGAAGAAGCUGAUCUUAUUACCUGGCUUCCGCACUUCAACCCGGUUGACACGGAGUGGCCAUUCCGAGACCGGGUCUUCAACUUCCCCCAAGACCAGGAAACUCCACGUUGGGCAGCAGUCGUUGCUAUGUCACGUAUCUCCUCGAAAUUGCUUGGGCUUCUUCACAAGGACAAAGUGCAGUCAGGAGUCGGACUUGCAUCGGAGAUGUCACCCAUCUCCUGGGCUUUAUACUAUGGUCUCAAGGCAGUCCAGAUCCCUCAUCCGAUCUACCAUGACUUCCACUGGGACCCUGUGGAGCUAAACCGUCGUGCUAAUCCCGGUGAACCCGGCAAAGUCAAUGCUGGAAAAGACAGCAUUUGGAGCUGGGGUCAGCACGACGAUAUCAUUCUCAAUUCAACGUUCAUGUUCAAUUCAAAGUUUGCAGAGAAGCUCUAUCGAGCAUGGUUGGGCUAUGAUGGGGCUGAGGAGGUGAGUUUUUAUAGACCGUUCCUCAGAAAUUGCAAUUGUAUUGACUGUGUGCAGUGGGAAACGAGAAGGCCCCCACUGUGUCUUCCUCCGAUCUUUCUCCAUCCCGUCAAGAAUCUGGAGCCGGUCAAAACGAAGGAUUUCUGA